GGAUUUGUAGAUUUGUCUAUUCAGAUGCGCAAAACGGGCGUUGACCACCAAAUAUACGCACAACAGGAAAACACAGUGAUUGCAUCAUAAUGGCAGCAGAAGAAGCACAAAACAGAGGAGGAAAGAGAUGGUCUCUCACCGGAAUGACAGCUCUUGUUACCGGCGGCACUCGUGGAAUCGGACAUGCCAUAGUGAAUGAUCUAGCUGCAUUUGGUGCUACUGUACACACUUGUUCAAGGACAGAAUCAGAGCUUAAUAAGUGCUUAAAAGAAUGGCAAACUCAAGGCUUUUUGGUUACUGGAUCGGUCUGUGAUGUAAGUUCUCGACCACAGAGAGAGAACCUUGUUCAACAAGUGUCCUCCACCUUCAAUGGCAAGCUCAAUAUUUUUAUAAAUAAUGUUGGAACAAACUUUAGAAAGCCAACAAUUGAUUACACAGCUGAAGAAUAUUCAGAGCUAAUGACAAUUAAUUUAGACUCAGCAUUCCAUCUCAGCCAACUUACACAUCCUCUGCUAAAAGAAUCAAGAGUGGGAGGAAGCAUUGUGUUCAUUUCAUCUGUUGCAGGUGUGGUCAGCUUAGGUACUGGAGCUGUCUAUGCUGCAAGUAAAGCUGCAAUUAAUCAGCUUACAAAAAAUUUGGCUUGUGAAUGGGCAAAAGAUGGUAUAAGGAGCAAUUGUGUUGUACCAUGGGCAACCAGAACUCCACUUGUAGAACAUCUAUUACAAAAUCAAAAGUUUGUGGAUGAUAUAAUGGCUAGAACCCCUCUUAAGCGCAUUGCAGAACCAGAAGAAGUGUCCUCUUUGGUGACUUUCCUUUGUUUGCCUGCUGCAUCUUACAUCACUGGACAAGUUAUCUGUGUUGAUGGUGGAUUAACUGUGUUUGGAUUUCAACCCAGCAUGAUAAUUACCUGAAAUAAUGCAAUUCCUCAUCUGUUUAUGUUUCCUUAUUUCAACUCUCAUGGUGUCUGGUUUGUUGUGACAAAUGAUCACCUUGAAAAUAAUGUCUCUACUCUAUAUGUAUUUGAAUAAUAUUACUUAUGAAAAUUAAUAAUUCAUUCAUGUUUCAGGUUAUCAAAAA